GUGACACGUCGGCGGCGGCGGCGGAACUGUGAGCCGGAUGGUCCAAGAUGGCGGCGGAGGGGGCCGGUGCUGCGGCUGUGAGGGGGGGCGGCGCCCGCUGCUGAGGGGUCCUCGGUCGGCGGGGGGCUGCCAGGGCAGAAGAAGGACUCUGUCUACAGCAUCCACUACUAGUUUGUCAUCUAGCAUCUGACCCUGAUAGAAGGCCAUCAUGCAGCAGCCUCCACAGACUGUUCCAGCAGGAGCGGCAGCUCCACCUCCUGCAGGCAUUGCUCGGAACAUGUACUGGAGAAACAGCUCGCUCAGUAAACGAGCAAAUGCAACAGCUGCCCCAGUGCAGCCUGUGACAGACCCUUUUGCAUUUGGCAGACAAACUCCACAGGGUUCCACUUCAGAUAAUCCAUCCAAGGGCAAUGCACUGGUUAUGCAAAGUUCUUCCCCAGCGGUGUUUCCGCAGCCACCCAUUAUGCAUACUUCACCAUCACGUGCAGGGGACAAUCCUCAUGGACCGCAUACGUCUUUAUCAGCUCCUGUAUCUCAAACAGGAAUAAAUACCAGUACAUUUUCUAAUGUUCCGAUUCCUUCACCGUCCCCAGGAUAUGUUAUAAAUAGUACUACAGAAGCGCAUCUAAAUGCAGAUCUUGGACUCCGUGGGCCUGCGGUACCAAUGCAUUAUAAUGCAGGAGCAGCAGUUGAAAAUUCUUUCAGUGUUUAUCCUGGAAUGGUGUCUGCAUCAAACAAACCUGGAGGUAGACAAGAUGUUAGUAGAGAUCCAAAUGAUGUUCCUUCAGGACCCAAUGCAACAGCACUCUUCCCUCCACCUCCUCAGCAGCCUGUGUCUCAGUGGAGGCCUGGUCAAGGUAACCUACAGUCUCCAGUGCGAAAUUUUGUGCCCUAUCCUGAGCUGUCUUCUCAGACUGAUGUUCAUAACAUUUCUCAGUCUUCUGUUAGCACUUCUCAUCCUCCUCCACAGACAAAUUUACAGCAGGGUCCUGUACACCAAGGUAUUCCACAAAAUACCAUGCAAGCGCCUUUAUCUGUUGGUUCUGAAAAGAAUGGGAAAAAUGGCUCUGCAAAUAGCAGUCAUCACAUGAACAGCAUCCAGCCUGGAAACGUGUUUAGGCAGAACACAGAAAUGACUAAUGCUUGGUUAAGUCAACCAUACCAGGAACAGUUUUACCCCCAGCCACCAUUGCAAGACUCCAGUUUUGUCAUUCCCACAACUCAGGAAAAUAACCCCAAAACCCAGUCUCCAGAUAUGUCUGAAACAUCAAAUAGACCUAUUCCCACAGAUCAAGAUUCAGGCACUCUCUCCAUGUUUUUCAAAGGGGAUGAGGCAGAAAAUGAAGAAAUACUUUCAUCUGAAAAAAAUUACAUAGUUGAGAAAGCGGAGUUUGAUGCUUGUCAGCCAAAUUCGGCAUCCUUGUAUCACCAGCCAAUGCAUCCUCAGCGGGUUGCAACUAAUGUUCUCUCUCAGGCGCAGGUUGGUACAGGUUCAGCCAAUGAGAUGGUACAAAAAGGAAUGGAAGUCCAGUACUUUCCUAAAAUUGUAAGUCAGCAGGAGACACAGGCCGCUAAGCACUCUAUGUUUGUUAGUGAUGACAAGGCAUGUGUAGGUGAUGUGUCUGGGAAUGGUGGGUCACAGUAUGAAAAUGUUGAGAACCUGGAGUGCAUUCAGAAUCAAGAAGUGCUGCCAAGUGAACCACAGAACAUCAGUGCUUCAUCCCCUGCUGCUGGUCCUGAUCUGUACAGGUACGGAUCCUUUCCAGGUCAGAUGCUUCCAAAGAAUGCUGUUGUGAGCCAUGCUGAGGGAGGACCAAAUUUGGAGGCACCUGAUUCAUUACCUCAUCCUGUCCGACCAGAUAGCGUAUCUUCAAACUAUAGCAACAUUAGCCAUAGGAGCGCUUCUAGCUCAGCAAGACUUCAAGAGCAAGUCGGUACGUUUAUUCAGCAAGAAAGUGGGAAGCCUGAUGAAGAAUCUUCUGCUAGCUUCUUUAAACAGAUUGACUCCUCUCCUUUGGGAGGUGAUUCAAGUGAGCUAAACCUGGGCAAGAACUACCAUGGUAAUCUAUCCCAGCCUCCAACUCCAAGUCCUCCUAAGCCUACAGGAGUAUUUCAGACAAGUGCAAAUAGUUCUUUCGAACCUGUGAGGUCCCAUGGAGUUGGUAUAAAACCUGCAGAGAUUGACCAAGCAAAGAUGGUGGUUGAAUUAAGAGAGAACCAGUCAAACCAAAAGAAUAUCAAGAAGAAUACAGCUGUGCCAGCUGCAUCUCCAGGCAAUCUUGAACAGCCACCAGAUAAUCUGGAAACUAUUUUCAUGCGUCAGGUACACCCACUGCCCCUUGCAGUCACUGGUGAAGCUGGAAAUACGUUGCACUCUGGAUCUGUUAUGGAAAACAUACAAUCAGUAUCUGAGAGAAGGUCCUCAACAAGAGCUCAGGGAGCAGUUAAGAAGUGUGAUAGCCCAGCAACAACUUUGUGGGCUCAUAAUGAGUUACCUAAUUUUGGGGGAAAUGUUCUUCUAGCUCCUGCUGCUCCUGCAGUAUACGUACCUGCCAAACAAACUGUAGAAGUCAUUCAGCCACCAGAAGAAGGCCUGUCUAAUCAGCUGCCAAGUAAACCAGGGACUAUUGCUGUGCAGCUUUCCCAAGAUGGAAAUAUAUCUUCUGAAAAUCUUGAGAAUCCUCCCAAAAUGGGAGAAGAGGAAGCACUUCAGUCUCAGGCAAGUUCUGGUUAUGCAAGUUUGUUGUCUUCUCCACCUACAGAGUCUUUGCAAAAUCAGCCUAUCCUGAUUGCUCAGCCUAAUCAAAGCUAUAACUUGGCUCAGCCAAUUAAUUUUUCUAUUUCUCUAUCUAAUCAGCUAAGCAGCAAUGAAAACAAUCAGCCAAUGAAGGACUCUGGGGUUGGGGACAAGCCUGCAAUGGGUCCCCAAACUUCACAUGCUGGUGGGAUCAUUUCUGGGGAAAAUGUGCCAUUACCUGUGAUGCAAGUUGGAUCUCUAUUAGUUAAUGCACUUCCAAAUACUAAUCUGUUAAAACAUAAUUUGUUACAAAGCCCUGUUAAUUCCUCUGAUACUGCUUCUAAUCAGCCUGCAAACUUGCUUAUGAAAACUCCACUUAAUUUGGCUCCAGAAGGGCAAAAGAAUGUUAAUACAGAAGGUUUUGUUCCUGAAUUUGCUAGCAAGCCAGGGUCUAACUCAUCCAUUUCUCCUGGGACGCAUCUCCCCAGUGGAAGUGCAAGUGCACUAGUUGCCCCUGUUAAUUCUGUAGUACAGGCUAAUAAUUCUGCAAAUCAUUCAAAUAGCAAAGAAGAAGCUGCUGGAGUGCUCGACUUCACAGUAUCACGGACUUUGGAGAAAAGCAGUGCAAGUAGUUCUGUACAGGUGCACAAUCAGUCACUUUCUGGUGGUCCAGUAUAUCCUCAACAGUCAGCUGGUAGUGCUGGUCAGGUGGGUCCUGAGAUGCAUGACAAACAACAUUUCUAUCAACAGGUGACAAAAGAUGUACAGCAUCAGGCUGUAUCAGACAGAGCUGUACAGGGAGCAUUGCCAUCUCAGCCACAAAUGCAAGCAGCUCAAAUGCAGCAACCAGCAUCAUCUGGGCAGUCCUCAGUUCCUUCAAACUACCAGAUUGCCGCAGGGACUAAAGCCAUGCAGGCAUCACAGCUACGUGAGAACCAGGUGCUGAGUAACCAUCCUCAACCUGCGGGUCCCCAAGAGGCAAGUUCAGUGCAGCUGACAACAAGGUAUGAUCAGACGAGUCCUGAGAAGCAACCAGUGCCUGGACAGCCAUUGGGUGCUCCAACUUCCACAGCCGCUUCUACCACCACCAGUCAGUCAGUCAUGCCAAAUGUGCAACAAGACCUGCAGCGUCCAUCCCUGCCUCAGACUCCUCAGGAUGCCUUUGGUCCGCCCCAGAACCCUUACUACUACUAUAGACAUCCAUACGAUGCUUAUCAGCCUCCGUAUCCUCCACCUUAUCCUCCCGCAGACCCCAGAACAGCAGCUCAUCUUUAUUACAUGGAGGAUAGCUACGGACAGUAUGACCCACGGUACAGACACUAUGAUAGCACCAGCACUGCUUAUAUGGAGCCUGGGAGCUAUCGGUAUUCUGAGCCUGAACGUCCUAGUUCCAGAGCUAGUCACUGCUCUGACAGGCCUUCUUCCAGGCAAGGUUAUACUGAAGAUUAUUAUACAAAAAGUGGAUGGAGUGAUUAUUAUCCAGGCUAUUACCCAAACUCAUAUGAUUAUGGAGAUCCAAGUCGCUGGGAGCGUUACUCAUCAGCAUAUGACCCCAGAUACAGAGAUCCUAGAAGUUAUGAUCAGAGGUAUUGGUAUGAUGCUGAACACAACCCUUACCAGAAGAGAGAUGCGUAUCCAUAUGGCAACAGACAUGACCGAUAUGAAGAUAACUGGAGAUACGAUCCUCGUUUUACUGGAAGUUUUGAUGAUGAAUCUGAACCCCAUAGAGAUCCUUAUGGUGAUGAAUUUGAUAGACGCAGUGUCCAUAGUGAGCAUUCUGGUCAUAGUCUCCGAAGCUCCCGCAGUGUUCACAGUCACCAGAGCAGUUUCAGCUCUCGCUCUCAGCAAAGCCAGCUGUAUAGAAGUAAUCAUGAUCUAACGGCUAAUACGUAUGAAACUACUGCACAGGCAGUGUCGCUCCACACAGAUUAUCCAUAUGGCGGAUAUGCUGCUAACUUUGAUGGACAACAGCCUUUUACAGAUUAUGGCUACCCGACUGAAACUGGAUGGUCAGCUGUAGAACAAGCACCUUUAAGGCCCUCAACACCUGAGAAAUUUUCAGUGCCUCAUAUCUGUGCUAGGUUUGGUCCUGGGGGCUUCUUAAUAAAAGUGCUGCCAAACCUGCCUUCAGAAGGACAGCCAGCUCUGGUUGAAAUACACAGUAUGGAGACUAUGUUACAACAUUCUCCAGAGCAAGAAGAGAUGAGAGCAUUUCCUGGUCCUCUUGCUAAGGAUGACACCCAUAAAGUGGAUGUUAUUAAUUUUGCACAAAAUAAAGCUACACAGUGCUUUAAGAAUGAAAAUUUAAUUGACAAAGAAUCUGCGAGUCUGCUUUGGGACUUUAUUGUACUGUUGUGCAGGCAGAAUGGGACUGUUGUGGGAACAGACCUGGCUGAACUUUUGCUCCGAGAUCAUAAAACAGUGUGGCUUCCUGGGAAGUCCCCUAAUGAGGCAAAUUUGAUUGAUUUCACUAAUGAGGCUUUGGAACAAGUGGAAGAGGAGUCUGGUGAAGCCCAGCUCUCAUUUCUUACUGAUAGUCUUAUAACCACAAUUGACAGUCUUGAGAAAGAGACAGAGAGAUUCAGAGAGUUGCUGCUUUAUGGCCGCAAGAAGGAUGCUUUGGAGUCUGCCAUGAAGCAUGGUUUAUGGGGACAUGCUCUGCUACUUGCCAGCAAAAUGGACAGCAGAACACAUGCAAGAGUUAUGACCAGGUUCGCCAACAGUCUCCCAAUUAAUGACCCUCUGCAGACUGUUUACCAGCUCAUGUCUGGAAGGAUGCCAGCUGCAUCCACGUGCUGUGGAGAUGAGAAAUGGGGAGAUUGGAGGCCUCAUCUAGCAAUGGUGUUAUCGAACUUGACGAAUAAUGUGGACUUGGAAUCCAGGACCAUUGCUACCAUGGGAGACACUCUUGCUUCUAAAGGCCUGCUGGAUGCUGCUCAUUUUUGCUACCUUAUGGCCCAAGUUGGUUUUGGAGUUUACACAAGGAAGACAACAAAGCUUGUCCUAAUUGGAUCAAAUCAUAGCUUGCCAUUUUUUAAGUUUGCUACCAAUGAAGCCAUUCAAAGAACAGAAGCCUAUGAAUAUGCACAGUCACUAGGAACUCAGCCUGGCUGCUUGCCCAAUUUCCAGGUUUUCAAAUUCAUCUAUGCUUGCCGACUAGCUGAAAUGGGACUUGCUGCUCAGGCUUUCCAUUAUUGUGAAGUGAUUUCCAGAACUGUCCUUAAAGAUCCACAUUACUAUUCACCCGUACUUAUUGGCCAACUAAUCCAGAUGUCAUCACAACUACGCCUGUUUGACCCACAGAUAAAAGAAAAACCAGAACAGGAAUCUUUUAUUGAACCUUCAUGGUUAGUAACGCUUCGACAUGUGGAUGGACAGAUCAAGGAGGGUGCAAUAGCUUAUAACACAGACAGAUCCACCCCACCACCAUAUGCAUGUAGUACACCAAGCUCUGAAUUAGACCAUGCUAGUCAAUGUGAUGGAGCAGGAGUUGGUCGUGACAUGGGUCCAGGUGCUGAAAAUGCAUUGUUAGCAUCCUUAUUACCCAGUAUGGCUCAACAGAUGCAAAGUGUGCAGCUGAUGCCUUCAGUACCUCAGGCUGUCCUUGAUGGGUCAGCUGCUCUGAUUCCUCCUGGUGACCAGGAAGCUGUCCGAAGUGUCCCUUUCUAUUCAGUGGCUUCUCAGCCUAUUGGUCCAGGACCUGGCUUUGCACCUCCAGGAUUUUCAAAUCCAUAUGGAACUGAACCAUCACCACUGUAUUUAGGGUCAGCAGUACCACCAGGAGGGCCACCACAAGAAAUGGAACCACGGUCAGAAGAACAGGCAAACCUGGAAACAGGAAUGCAGAGAAUUGCCCCGGAGUCUCCUUCACAAAAUUCUUUCCCUGAACAGAGAGAGGAGGAUUUCUAUGGCAGAAUGGCUAGCAUGGCACCAGGACGAAGAUCCAGAUCUGCAUCUCAGUCUUCAGCACAUAUGGGCUACGGGCGAAGAUCCCGAACAACUUCAGAGUCCUCUGCUCAUUCUGUGGGACGAGAGAGAUCCAACUCUGCAGCAAAACAGCCCUCUCCUUCUCCCUCUGUUCCUGUAGGGAAAGAAACUAAAAAAGAAAUAAAAAAGGAGCCAGCACCUAGAAAGACUGGUGCAAACUGGUUUCGCUGGCUGAUGGGAAAAGGAAAGAAUGAAGCUCACCUUCCAGAUGACAAGAACAAAUCAAUUGUUUGGGAUGAACAGAAACAACGCUGGGUUAAUCUGGAUGAACCAGAAGAAGAGAGUAAGCCUCCACCACCACCUCCAACAGGAUUUCCUAAAGUUCCUCAGACUGUUCCACCUGGGCCUGGAGGCCCACCUAGUGCCCCUGUCAACAUGUUCUCCAGAAGAGCAGCUGGAAGCAGAGCCCGUUAUGUUGAUGUCCUGAAUCCAGGUGGAACGAAGUCAAGUGGUGCUCUUCCUGCACCAUCAGACCUAUUUGCCCCCUUGGCACCAAUGCCAAUUCCUGCAAAUGUAUUUGUUCCAAACUCAGUUCCAGGGGAACCCCAGCCAAUGGAAGGGAGUGGAGCAGCAGAGCACACACCAGCUGCAAAUCAAACCAAUACAGAUCCUGCUGCAGCUGUUGAACCAGAGUAUUUAAACCCUGCAAUCCUUCCUCCUGGAUCUGGACUUCCUGUUUCUAACGCUGAUGGCUCCCAAUCAGGCGAGCUUUCGCGCUCUAGUUCAAUGAGUUCAUUAUCACGUGAAGUAAGCCAGCAUUUUAAUCAGCCUGCCACUGUACCACCUUCAGGCGGGCCUUCAGCAGGAACAGUACCGUUCUACAAUCCUUCUCAAUUUGCACAAUCUCCUGCAGCCACUGGAAGUUCGAGACUGGGAAGAAUUGGACAGAGGAAGUAUCCAACAUUGAAGUAGAAUACAAUGGCUUUGUAUUUGGAUUCUCACUCGUGUUCUGAGUAUUCAAAGAACUGUUCAAUCUUAUGGCACAUGGUAUCAGUACUAGCUACAGUUGACAUGACAGAAAUUUAAUGAUGGGUGAUUUUUUUCAUGGGUCUCCCUACUUGCACCUCAUCUACGCAAAUCAUUACCAAACAUGAAAUACAUGUAACUUUUCCUUUUAAAAAACCUGGCUAGAAAUAGCUUUGCUGUGAUAAAGAAUAGACACAAGGGAGGGAAUAGUUGCUGUCUGUUACAAAAAACAUUUGUAAAUUGCAUAGGCAAUUUAUUCCUUAAGUUUAUUUUAAACCUACUAGUGUGACCUUCGAAGACAUAGUUUCAGGGAUUCCUUAUUUCUGAAGGAUGCUCCCCUCCCAGCGGGGGAAGAACAUGUCCACAUUGUAACAUAACACUCUGUGGCCUUAAGAGGACCAUGCUCAAUUGUAAUGCUUAUCAAACAGGACUUGGUUUGUCAGUGUAUGAAGUCGGAGAUGCUCAUCUGGGAAAUGCCUCAUGCUGGUUUGUUUUUUGAAGGGGGGAGGGGGCCACAGCUCAUCCAAAUAAAUUGACCUAUAUUGAAUGAAAACUGUGACUGUAAUCUAAUACUAAUUUGAUUUGGAUCUUACCUAGUAUGUAUGUAGUUUGUGGUUUAGACUACUUGUAAAGCAAAUUGUAUAGUCUGAAAGAAGCUCUCUGUAUAAUAGCCAAUGCUGUACUAUUUGACGAGUGAGUGUUCUUUUAAGUGCAAUACGGUUACUUGCUUUCUCUCAAACUGCUGGCACUGUACAAUUAAGGUGGUAACAGCUUGAAAGUUGUUUUAAGUUUUUUCCUGUUGAGUGCCAGAAUCAGCAUAAUACUCUGUUCUUGAAUCUCCAUUACUAAAAUAACCAAGGUCUUAAAUAGCUAACAGCUGAAUUUCAAACAUACUAAAAGUAGACGGGUUAGACCUCUACUGAUGGACUUUAAAAUCUUUAGGUUUAAUAUAGGAAAUCUUGAAAACCAUGAUAUGCAACAUUCAUAUUCACUGAAGAACCUGAAUUAUCUGCAAAGAGAGAAAUAAACUUUAAAUAUUUAUUAAAUCAUUAGGCCAUGUUUUAUUUAGAACUUGCCACCAAACUAUUUGAUUUUACUUGAAUUCCUGCCCAUGAGUAGAAAUAAUGUGAAUGUGAAAUUGCCAGUGUUGGUCCCCGAUUGUGGUUUUUUGGUUUUGUUUUGGCUUUUUUUUUUUCCUGAAUAACGCCACCUUUCUAAGAUCUCGAUAGCCUUACGUAUGUCCUAAAAGGUUUGUAAGUAGCUGAAGCAAAAUGCUGUUUGGGGGGAUUAGAAACCUUUGCAUAAUGGUCCAUACUCAAUUCCAGACAUGGUCAGCAGCAGUCAGUGUGGUUUACUUUUCUAUAAUUGAAAGCUGGUCAGACACUUGGCUUUCCUCUAGUUCAGCCAGGCUGCCGAUUAUUUUCUCCUUUCAGUAGAGACUGCCAGACAACUUAAUUUAAGAAGGCUUCCUUUGAGCUGGGAGCGGCUAUCUUUCCUAAGUGUAAGAUUUGACACUGUAAAUUCUUAAAUAAAAUAUUUUGCGCUCUGGAGCACUUUCA